AAACAGGGUGUUGAAUGAUGCAUACGUCAUUCUGCUUUUGAUGAUCAUCAUUGAAGGAUAAGAAUCCAGCAUGAUCAUAAUGGGUGUUUAGCUAUCUUUAUUUAUGGCCAUGUACUAGCUAGCCAUACGAUUGGGUAAAUUUCUUUUCUAGCCUAUUUUCUUAAGUGGAAAGUUUUCUCUCUCAGCUUUAAUUGGCAUGCGUGCCAUUAUCAUGAACUUGGGUUUUGGCAAAUUUACUGGUUAGCAGAAAUCGCUAAGAAGAAAUGGAGAAGAGUAAUGCCAAGGAGAAGGAACUUGCUCAUACAAGCUUAAUAAACUUGGUGUUGUCUUGGUCUCUUGGGGAUGUUCUCAAUAAAGAUCUUUUCAAAAAUCAGGUUAAAAAGAUCCCAGAGACAUUCUCGUCAGUGACAGAUUACAAGAAGUCAUUCCUUCCUUCAUUAAUUGAGGAAACACAUGCUGAUUUGUUUUCCAACAUAACAGCAGUGUCUCAAACACCUACUUGGGAAAUAGACUCUGUUGAGAUAUCUGACGAUUUUGAACCUCCCAAAGACUUGUUUUAUGAAAUUACAUUAGUGGAGAGCGAUGAAGAUAGUGAUGACUCAGAGAGCGAUGAAGAUACUGAGAAAGAUGAAGAAGAAAAAAAUGAACCUCAGAAAGGUGAUGUUAUUGCCUUGACUGAUGUUAUACCAAAAUGCAUUGACGAUUUGAACAGGCCGAAGAGAUUCUAUCUUAUAGCUUAUGUUCUUGGGCCAAGAAACAUAUUGACUGGUAUGAUCCCGAUACUGGCAUCAAAACCCAUUUGGACUGAUCAAGACGUGCACAAGUACGAGAACAAGAAACAACCACUGUUUGCAGUUUAUCUUAUGAAUUUGAUUACAAAUGUUCGUAUAUGGGGUGCACUAAACCCACCAGAAGGAGGAAACACAAACAUCAUUGAAACAGUACUGCAAGCCAAUUCAGCUGAUGACGAAAAUUGUAUGACUUGCUUUGGAAAAAGCUGCCCUGCUCCUUCUGAUAUACAGAACAUGAUCAGCUCUUAUAAUCUGAAUGAUUCUCAAGAAGCUGCGGUUUUAAGCUGCAUUGGUAUGAGACACUGCAAUCAUCAGAAUCCUGUCAAUCUGAUAUGGGGUCCUCCAGGGACAGGGAAAACAAAGACCGUUGGUGUGUUAUUACAUGCCCUCCUUAAAAUGAAGUGCACAACAUUAACUUGUGCUCCAACUAACAUUGCGGUUUUGGAAGUUACAACACGGCUGCUGAGGUUGGUCAGGGAGUCGCUACAGUAUGACCAAUAUGGGCUUGGAGAUAUAGUUUUAUUUGGGAAUGGUAAGCGAAUGAAGGUUUAUGAUCGUUUUAGGCAUCCUAAAAAAAGAAAGAAAAUUGCUUAUCGUAAGGAUCUUCUUGAUGUAUUUCUCGACUAUCGUGUUGAUGUGCUUAAAAAGUGCAUUGCUCCUAAUUCUGGCUGGAAAAAUAGCUUAGAAUCAAUGAUAUCUUUGCUUGCUGGCCCUAAAUCGCAGUACGAAAUAUACUUGGAAAAAAGAGAGCAAGAAAAAUUGGAGGAGGAAAAAAGAAAGGAGAAAAGAAGGGAGGAAGAAAAAAGGAAGGAGGAAAAAAGAAGGAAGAAAAAAAGAAAGGAAAAAAAAAGGAAGGAGGAAAAAAGAAAGGAGGAAAACAAUAAGGGGGAUGAUGAGCUCAAAAAGGAUGAUCCUUUGACGUUUGAGGAGUUUGUAAAGAAGACAUUCUGUUCAAUUCAUGAGCAACUGAAGUUUUGUCUGGUUAAUUUGUAUACGCACUUACCAACUUCUCUACUACCGUUAGAGGUAGUGAAAAAUAUGAGAAAAGCUCUUACUUUGCUUAAAUCUCUUCAAACUUUGUUGUGUGGUGCCAGUGUAGCAAAUGAAGGAUUAUUACAAGUUCUCAAUAAUUUCCAAGACACUGGAAGCAGUGUGGAUUGCCUUGCAAAGUUGAGUAUGAGAAAAGAGUGCCUCCAUAUACUAAGAUAUCUGCUAUUAUCUCUGACAUCCUCUGUUCCAGAUUUAGGUAACUGUUCAAUAAUAAACUUUUGCUUGGAAAAUGCAAUCCUAGUGUUCUGUACUGCAUCAAGCUCUGCUAAAUUACACAGAACUGAAGCAAGCAUGGAAUUUUUGGUUAUCGAUGAAGCUGCUCAGCUUAAAGAAUGUGAAUCAGCUAUUCCUUUACAGCUAGAUGGCGUCCGCCAUGCGAUUCUCAUAGGGGAUGAGAGGCAGCUCCCUGCAAUGGUUAAAAGCGAGAUAUCCAAGACGGCUGAAUUUGGAAGAAGUUUGUUUGAAAGACUGGUCAUGUUGAGGCGCCGGAAGCACCUGCUUGAUAUCCAGUAUAGGAUGCAUCCAACCAUCAGCUUAUUUCCAAACAGGGAGUUCUACGACAAACUGAUAUCAGAUGCUCCAAAUGUUAAAGGAAGAGACUAUGAGAAGCGUUUCCUUCAGGGCAGCAUGUACAGCUCCUACUCUUUUAUAAGUAUAGCUCAUGGAAAGGAAGAAUUUGGUCUUGGGUACAGCAAGAAGAAUACGGUUGAGGCUGCUGUGGUCUCUGAGAUAGUUGGGAAUCUUUUUAAACAAUUCCUUGUCACAAAGGAGAAGGUUAGUAUAGGAGUGAUAUCACCAUAUAAGGCUCAAGUUUCUGCAAUUGAAGAGAGGGUCAGAAAAUACAGCAAGUCUAAUAGUGGCUUCACUGUGAAUGUCCGCUCUGUUGAUGGGUUCCAAGGAGGUGAGGAUGAUGUAAUUAUUAUCUCUACUGUAAGAUGCAAUGGGAGUGGAAGAGUAGGUUUCCUUUCCAACCGACAAAGAGCAAAUGUGGCACUGACUCGAGCAAGGUAUUGCCUUUGGAUUUUGGGAAAUGGGGUGACUUUACUCAAGAGUGACUCUGUGUGGAAGAAACUAGUCAUUGAUGCCAAGGAACGUGGGUGUUUCUAUGAUGCCAAUGAGGACAAGAACUUGGCUGGGGCAAUUACUGCUUCAUUGGUGGAGUUUGAACAGCUUGAUAUUUUACUCAGGAAUGACUCUAUACUUUUCAGAGAGGCUAGAUGGAAGGUUUACUUCAACAACAAUUUCAAGAUAUCUAUAUCCAGAAUUAAAAAUGCAGAGAUUCGUAGUGCAGUGCUUUUUCUGUUGGCAAAGCUUACAAGUGGUUGGCGUCAGCCUCAUGAGAGGAGAAACCUCAUUGUCCACGAUGGUACUUCCUCUGAACUUUUAGAGAUGUACAAGGUCGAUCGGCAGCUGAAUCUGGUUUGGACUGUAGAUAUUCUCAAGGAGUAUUCACAUCACAUUCAGAUUAUGAAGGUUUGGGAUGUUGCGCGAUUAUCUGACAUACAAAAUCUAGCUAAGCAACUUGACAUUGUUUUUGGGAGCUACACAGUGGAUAAGAUGCAUCGCUGUAAACACAGACGUCUUGAGGGGAGUUUAGUUGUUCCAAUGAGAUGGCCAACGGAGUCGACUAGCCGUCCUGAACAAGAUAGUGUGUGGUACCUCUCAAGACCGCUAUCCUCACUAAGUUUAAGGGAUAAGCCAGAAACAUCAGCUGCAACUUCUAAAAAUCAUUUCAAGAAUAAAAUUAAGAAUAAAUCUGAAGAUGUUGGCAUGACGCAAACGUGGCGAAGGCGGCAGAAUGACUGAUGAGAUCAAUGAGUUUCUGCAAGCCUAUAAAUUUGGGAGAUCUUUGUAGCCGUUUUGAGAAGAGCUUAGUUUUAGAACUCAAAAGCAUUAAUGUAAGUAGGUACUUUAUUUUGGUCCUCACUUGACGUUGUAAGCUUGAUGAUAAGAGAGUUUAUGGUUAAUGAGAACUGAAUUAUCUAUAGAAUGUUAUAUUGGAUGGAUUUUAAUGCUCUACUUAAACUAUUUUGGAGUUUGAAUUUGGAGCCAUUUUUCUCUAGAAAUAUUGUCACAAUAGGCAUUAACCAAAGUCGGUGUAUAUAUGAA